GCGAUAAUCUUGUUAAGGAAAUGGUGGCCAAAGACACAGAAAAAUAUCUAGAUUAUUUUAGAAUGCCACAUCAACUAUUUGAAAAACUAUUGGCAUUAGUUCGACCUAUUAUUGCUAAACAAAACGUUAUUCGCGAACCUAUUUCACCUAUCAUUCGGCUCCAAAUUACAUUGCGCUAUUUAGCAUCAGGGGAUAGUAUGAACUCCCUUUCAUAUGCCUUCAGAGUUGGACACAAUACAAUUUCAAAAAUAAUAUCCGAGACUUGUGAAGUUAUUUGGAAUUGCCUCAAGGAUUCAGUUCUUCUUAAGAAUAAUCAAGAGAGUUGGAAAGCUAUAGCCAAUGAAUUUGAACGUUUGUGGAAUUUUCCAAAUUGUAUAGGGGCCAUUGAUGGAAAGCAUGUACAAAUUCAGGCUCCACCAAAUAGCGGAUCAACAUAUUAUAAUUACAAAGGUCAUUUCAGUAUUAAUCUUCUGGCAAUCAGCGAUGCAAACUAUUGUUUUACAGUAGUCGAUAUUGGUGCGACAGGAAGACAAAGUGAUGGAGGAGUCUUCCGUAACAGCGAAAUCGGGAAACGUUUUGAAGCUAAUUCAUUCAAACUGCCAACUCCGAGACAGAUCGAAAAUAAUGGACCAGCUUUACCAUAUGUAUUGGUAGCAGAUGAGGCUUUUCCAUUAUCGAUGUAUAUGAUGAGGCCAUAUCCACGAAGUGGAAAACUCGACAUUGGAAAAAAGAUAUUUAAUUAUAGACUAAGCCGUGCAAGAAGAAAGUGCUUUUGGCAUGUUGGCGAAUCAAUGGAGAAUAUAUCGAAAGCCAAUCAUUGCAAACAUCAGCAAUGCACGCAAAAUUAUACAAGCAACUGUAGCAUUGCACAAUUUUAUCAUCCAAAAUGAAGAAAAUUUAACCAGAAAAAAAACAUAUUUACAUUUAAUUACAGAAAAUUCGGAUAUACAUCAUGGUAUUUGCAAUAUACCACUUUGUAGAGGUCGAAGUAAUAACAAUGCUACUACAAUCAGACAAGCGUUUUCAACAUACUUUCAAAGUACUGGUGCAUUAUCUUAUCAGUGGGAGAAAGCGUUGCAGAAUGAUUUUUAAUUUGUAAUAAAAACAGGUAAUGACAAAUACAUUUUGUUUAAAAAUAACUUCAUUUAAUAAACAAUCUUUUCAAAUUACAGGUGCGCAGGAGCCUCCACCUUUCGAGACAACCCGAACAUAGAAACAAUAUGUAUCUAUAUCACAAACAUAUAUAUAGUAAGAAUAGACAAAGUAACGUUUGAUAGAAAAAAAAACAAGGCAGUUAUAGCAUUUCUCUUUUUCUCUCUCUCUCUUAUUCACACAAUUAUCUC